AUGACCCCUGCCAGACCGCCCUCCCAGCCCCCGAAGGGCCUGCAUCAUUUCUUUGUGAUCGGCGAUUGGGGCGGCGUCAUCGACUGGUUCGAUCGUGAUGCGAAUUUUGUGCCCGGCGUGCUCUUCAACAUAACUUUUGAUUGUUGUCGACGCUACGCUAAGGCCACCCACCCAUACACAGUUGAGGUGAAAUCGCCAAAGACCGCGGACCACACGAAGAAGGUCUUCGCGUCCCAUCAUCGGAAGAAAGUGAACUCUUCCGACACUUGGGCGCAGUUCAACGUCAGCAGGUGGAUGUGCUACUACGCCAAGAAGUGGGAUCCUGAGUUUAUUGUCAACCUCGGGGACAAUUUCUACUGGGGUGGCCUCAACGUCCAAUGCGGUGCCCCGAUGGACCAAGUGCAGGAUCCAGGCUUUCAGUGGAGCAACAUCUACGAGGUGAUGUACUCCUGCGACGGCCUGGAAGGAAAGCAGUGGCUGGGGGUGCUUGGGAACCACGACUACGGUGGCUUCAUGUUCACCAAUGGCUGGGACCAGGUCAUUGCGUACACCUGGUCAACGCUGAAGUUUAGCACUGGCCGAUGGCUGCAGCCGGCCCUGUACUACAAAUGCCCAGUAAAGUUCAAUGAUUUUUCGAUGGACUUCUUCUUUGUCGACUCGAACCUUUUCGAUGCCAACGACUACCACGACACCAGCGGUCACAACAUUUGCGCAGGGACCCACAACUACCCGUCUGCGACUUGUGGACUCUCCGGCCCGGUGUCCACGGAGCAGUGCGCCGAUUGGUUCAAGAACCUCUGGGAUGCUGAGGUGAAGUGGCUUGAAGAGGGCCUGGGCUCGUCCACGGCAGAUUGGCAGAUUAUCGCCACUCACUUCCCACCUGAGCACGGCCUCGACCAGUGGCGGCGCCUGAGCAAGAGUUACGGUGUGGAUCUGCUCCUAACAGCCCAUCGCCACGUUCAGGAGGUGCACGUGGAUGACGAGGCCAAUAUCCUCCACCCCACGUCUUUCGUUGUCAGUGGCGGCGGCGGGGGCAUUACCUCGGAGGCUGUUCCUUCCGAGAAUGGUGAGGACGACCAGUACGGCUUCAUGGACUUCACCGUGUCCAAGCACGAGAUCAAGAUCACUGCAGUGUCCCACGGCGGGCAAGUCCGCAGCAUAAAGUGCCUGACACAGCGGCUGCCAGGCGACGACCACACACAGGAGCCCAGGAGUAGUUUCUGGCACCCACUGGAUCUGAGGGAUGUUGAGGGGAGCUCUUGUCGCACUCUGGUUGGUUGGCUACAAUAG